AUGGAUACUGCGCUGCUAGUGCUGGAACGCAUGCCGCCCGAUGAGAUGGACCGCUCCAUGCAGCUGCUACUGCAUGCGGGGCUGAAGCCUCACUACCGAGUCUUCCUGGCCUGGGCCAGCUGGCAUGCACGGCGGGGCAGCAUCCAGGGCGUGCGGCAUGUCAUGCAGCUGGUGGAGGAGGUGCAGCUCCCGUUGGCUCCCCACUACUAUGUGCAGCUAAUCCGGGCGUACUGUUCUCGGGGGCGCUGGAAGGAGGUGGAGGCACUGGUGGCGGAAAUGCACCGUGCGCAGCGACUGUUUGAUGAGAUGGUGGGGGAGGGGUUGGAGCCGUCCAUGGCCACCUGGGCGGCGCUCCUCAAUGCCUAUGCCAACUCCAAGCAGCCGCAGCGAGCCGCAGAGGUGCUGGUGCACUUGCACAAGCGGGGCCUCACGCCCUCCGUGCAGGUUUAUGGCGCGCUCACCAAGGCGUUUGCCCGCAGCGGCGACUGGCGGCGUGCGCACGAUGUGCUGGAGCUGAUGCAGUUUGACGGCGUGCAGCCCAAUGAGCAGGUGUUUGGCAGUAUUAUCGAGGCAGCGGCCGUGGCUGGCAAGCCAAGCGUGGCGGCAGAGCUGCUGCGGCGCAUGCAAGCAGCAGGCAUCCAACCUAAUGUGAUCGCCUAUACGAGUCUGUUGUCAAGUUAUAGCGCCACAGGGGAUGUGGAGGCAGCAGAGGCAGUGCUGCAGGAGAUGGAGGCUGUUGGGUGUCUUCCCAACAGCAAGAGUUAUACGGAGGUCAUGUCCCAACUGGCAGCCAAAGGGCGGUAUGAAGAUUGCGAAUUGUACUUCAACAAAAUGGUGGCAGCUGGCUGCCUGCCAGACAAGGUCUCCUAUGCAAUUCUCAUCGACUCUAUGCUGAAUCGCUGGGCCACGGACCGCGAGGGGCAACAGCAGUUGCUGGGCCUAGUGCAGGCGCGGUGGGAUGAGGCGGGCGGUGCCGGUGGCGCGCUAAGGCCCCACACCUUCCUGCAUCAGCCGCAGGGCCGCCUGACCCUCGACCUGCACGGUUAUAGCGCCUGGACAGCGCAGUUGGCGGUGCUGGCCACACUCGACAAGCUGCUGCAGCAGCACAGCCAGCAGGGGGGGCGCAUCGGCGACCAUCUGUCGCGCGAGCAACGCCACAAAUCUGUGCUGCGCGAGCUGGUGCUGGAGAUGCUGCAGCACUUAGUGCCCGUGUCCUUUGCACGGGCCAACGACGGAUUACUGAUCUUCUCCCGCACCGCCUUCCGCCGGCGCACCCUGGAGGAGGAGCUGCAGGAGGCCCUUCUGCGUGGCAGCCUGCGCAAGGCAUUUGGUGGCUUCGAGCUGCUGUGCCUGGGGUUGGGGAUUGUGAUUGGUAGCGGCUGGGCCCAGCUCAUGGGCAACGCUGCCCAGCAGUACGCUGGGCCGGCGAUCAUCAUCAGCUAUCUUGUGAGCGGGCUGGCGGCAUUGCUGUCGGCCACGUGCUAUGCCGAGCUGUGCGCCGAAUAUCCCGUGUCAGGCGGCGCUUUUUCUUAUGUGCUGGUCACCUUUGGAGAGCUGCCUGCCUUCUUCACAUUGGCGGGCCUGAUGCUGGAGUAUGCGCUGGGCAUGGCGGCAGUGGCGCGCGGCUUCAGCGACUACCUGGCGACCCUGCUGAACCAGAACCCCGCGUCGCCUCCUUUUGAGUUUGAGUUAGUGCCGGGCGGCCACACCUUCGACAUCGUGGCGGCAGCCAUCAUCAUGCUCAUGUCGGUGCUGUUGAGUCUGGGGGUGCAUGAGAGCGCUUUUUUCAUCUCAGGCAUGAAGUGGAUGCAGUACAUUGUGUCGCUGGCGGCGCUGUCUGGCAUUGUCACCGCGCUCACCGUCGGCCUCUUCUCGCUCUCCCGCAUCGUCAUGGCGGCCAGCCGCGAUUGGCUGCUGCCUCCCUUCCUGGCUCGCAUCUCGCCGCGUACUCAGACCCCGCUGGUGGCGCAGAUGGUGCUUGGCGUGAUCAUAGCGGUGCUGGCAAUGUUUGUGGAGGUGGACGCGGCCACGUCCCUGGUAUCUUUUGGAACGCUGGUCUCGAUGUGGUUAGUCUGCAACGCUCAGAUGUACCGCCGCUACAUCCCGGAAGUCCAAAUGCGCUUCACGAGGUAUGGAACUGUUGAAACAGCGCCCAAGAUUGACCUGGGCAGCUGGAUGCCUGGACGCCACCUUCCAGCAAAAGCACGCAAAUACCUGGUGUGGCUGCACCUGGUGCUGAUCAACGCUGUGAGCCUGAAUGCAUGCAACCCAGCCGCGGCCAACCUCCACCACAGCCCCUACACUGCCAUAUUUGUGCUGGCCUGGUUCCUGGUCACCCUCUCCUUCCAGCUGUGCUGCCCCAUGGAGUACGAGCCUGUCGGCUGGCACAUCAACGUGGGUGCGCUGCCCAAGGCCGAAUACUGGAAGAUUGGAUUCUACUUUGGGCUGCUGGUGGUUGUGUACCUGCUCUUCAGCCUGCCCAUGAGCUACAUCCGUCACAGCAGGGUGGACUAUACCAACGCAGAGGAGCUCAAAGUCGUGGAGCUGACCUUUGUCAACGCCCAAUGGCAGCCGUCGCGGCUGGUGCCAGUGUUCCCCACCCCGGCUCUGCAUCCGGCUGCUUCGAGCCAGAACGGCGAUGGGCCCAAGGAUGACCUGCUGGCGGCAGCGCCGACGCUGCCGCCGAUGGACGAGACAGAAGAAGCAUGA